AUGGCGCGCGCGUGGUGGCAGGAGUCGCCCGCCCAGCCCAACUAUGCCAAGAAGCAGCGGUGGCAGGAGGAGCAGCGGUGGCAAUGUCGCACGAGUGGUUGCCAUUCAUGGAACCAGGUUGCAGCCAAGAAGUGCAAAGGAUGUGGUCUCAAGAAGAGUUGGGCCCAAGUUGUGCAGUCCGACAAGGUAGAGGCACCGCCGCCGUGGGCUCAGCGCACCACGACCUUGGACUCUGCUGUUGGCCCGACCACGUCAUAUACUGCGGCGACCGCCCCGCAGAUCGACCACAAUGUCAAGAUCAAGAGCCUCGAGAACGCGAUGGCUGCACUCCCGCCUGGCGACGAGUUCCAGCCCACGCGAGAGAUCCUCGCGAAGCAGAUCCAAGAGGCCAAGGGAAAUGUCACCCUCUCGAAGCCGCUGAGCAGCCAGCUCGUCUCGCGCAGGUCCGCGGUGGAGCGGGCCGACAAGCGUCUCGCCGACAGCCAGAAGACGCUGGCCAAGGCGCAGGGCGAGGUGAGCCAGGCUGCCGUGGAGUCGGAGCAGCGCAAGACCGAGCUGCAGGAGCUCGAGGCCAAGGCGCUGCAGGUCAAUGCCCCGAACUCCCUCGAGGCAUCGACUCAGAGCCUGUCCAGAGUCAUCGCCGACAUGAAGUCCUCCACGGUGAUCCCCCAGGCCACGCUGAGGGAGGCGGAGACAGAGAUCAUGCGCCUCCUCGCGGGCCUGCAGAGGAUCGCGACGGAGGCCAACGCCCAGCUCACGCCGGCGCAGAAGAACGCG